AUGCGGCUGAAAAAGAAGCGGCCCCUCGAGGUGGUGACGCAAUACGGGACCGUCGAGGGAUUCAGCGUCAAAGUCGAUGAAACGGAAGCGGACGUCUUCCUCGGCGUCCCCUACGCCAAGCCACCGCUCGGCGAAUUGCGAUUUCGGCGUCCCCAACCCCCUGAUCGUUGGCCGGGCGUGCUGAAGUGUAUGAAAUACAAAGAGCGCUCCAUCCAGAAGAGCCACUUCAUCGAACGCCUUCUCAUGAAUCGCUGCUCGGAGGACUGCCUCUACCUGAACAUCUUCGCCCCGAAAAUCGAGGACGACAAGAUUCUCCAAAAAUACCCGGUGUUCUUCUACAUCCACGGCGGCGGGUUCAUGAUGGACACGCCCGCGCGGUACGACGUCGCCAAGCUGUGCAGACAGUUCGUCUCGCGCGACGUGAUCCUCGUCACGAUCCAGUAUCGCCUCGGCUUUCUCGGCUUCUUCUCCACCGGCGAUUCGGCGUGUCCGGGCAACAUGGGCAUGUUCGACCAGGUGCUGGCCCUCGACUGGGUCCGCAACAACAUCGAGGCGUUCGGAGGCGACCCGAAGGCGAUGACAGUGGGCGGUCAAAGCGCGGGCGCCGUAUCCGCCGAUCUGCUCAGCAUUUCACCGUAUACCCGGGGCAAAUUCCAGCGAAAGAUGUGCCUGGGCGGCUCGUCAUUUUGCCAUUGGGCCGUCGUCAAGCGCGAGAUGAUCGUUGAAUAUUGCCGCAAAAAGGCGGAGCAGCUGGGAUGGCCAAAACGGCCCGGCGAUCAACUAACCCCCAACGACAACGACGCGAUGAUGGACUGGCUGAGGACGCUGCCAGCUGUCAAGCGUUUUACAGGACCCGUCUACGACGGGGAUUUCCUGCCGAAAAACGUGCGCUAUCUACGGGAUCGCGGGCCGUCGAUGCGGAGCCUUGUCGGCGUCGGGCAGUACGAAGCACUGGCUUUUGCCCCGCUCGGCCGGCUGAAAUGCGACGAGGAGGACAUCAGACGGAUGAUCCGUACGCUGGCCCGGAAUUCGAAGGAUUUUGACGAAAAGGAAAUCACCCAGAUGAUCACCCAGAUCUACGGGGAUGGCGAACGGUUGGCCACGACGCGGGACGGCAUCGCCAGACAGUACAUACAGAUGGCCUCCGACAUCAUUUCGAACCACGCCUGCUGGCGAUUCAUCAACUACUAUCAGAAGCGUAACGUCGAGACGUACGCGUACUCCUUCGAACACACCAGCCAUCGUGUCUACGGACUCUUCGGACUGCUGCUCCCCUUUCAUGGCGCAUCCCAUGGCUCGGAAAUCGCCUAUUUCCUCGACUUCAACCUGUUCCACUCGCCGCUGGGCCGCGACAAAAAUGAUCUGGUGAUUACCAAAAUGGCCGAGCUGACCGCCGACUAUUUUGUGUCGUUCAUUCGCACUGGGGACCCGAACAACCACGGAAAACCGGCGCUACCCGAUUGGCCAGUGGCCUGGGGCUCCCGUAUGCGUCAAUUGGACCUGAUCAUCGAGCGUGUCCUCUGGGUGCACGAGCUCAACUCCUCCUCCAAGCGCACCCAUCAGGCGGCGAAAGACGACCCGGAUCCGGUGGCCCGAUCGGAGAGCCGCACGCAGAGGAGCCCGAGCCCCGACUCGCACAGCUCCAUCACCCAGGCGUCGCCCAGCCCAAAACCGAGCGGAAACCUGAGCACGAUCCCGCGCGUCAGCUUUGCCGAGGAUCUGUCGUCGGCCCGUGAGGGCCCAUCGUCGAGCUCGGACCGAACGCGUUCCGAGGACAGGUUGCCACCGAAAAAGCUUAAAAAU